AUGUGGGAUCUUACAGACAAUGCAUUUGAAAUUGGAGCCUUGAAAACAUCCCUACAUCAAACCUUUGCCAUCAAGGAUCUUGGGAAGUUGAAGUAUUUUCUUGGCAUUAAGAUGGCAAUUUCUCAACAGGGUUUGUUUCUCAACCAACUCAAGUAUGUCAUGGAUCUACUCGAGGAAGCUAGGUUCACUGAUUACAAGCCAGUUGUCACCCCAAUUGAUAGUAAACUUAAGCUUACCAUUGAUGGCAAGACACUCAAGAAUGUCACCUAUUAUCGGAGAUUGAUUGGCAAGUUUAUCUAUCUUACUAUCAUCCGUCCAGACAUUACCUUUGCUGUGAGCUUAGUCAGUCAAUUCAUGCAUGCACCCACAGUAGAACAUCUUAAUAUUGUUAAAAGGAUCAUACGCUAUCUCAAAGGGUCCAUCAAUAGAGGUAUCCUCAUGUGUAAUAACCAUUCCACUGAGAUUCAUGCAUACACUGAUGCUGACUGGGUAGGCAAUGCAAUCAACAGAAAAUCCACCACUAGUUAUUGCACAUUUGUUGAAGGCAACAUUGUCACUUGGAAGAGUAAGAAACAACAAGUCAUUGCCCGCUCUAGUGCUGAAGCUGAGUAUCGAGCAAUGGCUGCCACUGCAUGUGAAUUGAUUUGGCUUAAAAGUCUUUUAUUUGAUCUAGGGUUCUUGAGUACAACUCCUAUGUCUCUCAUGUGUGAUAAUCAAGCACCCAUGCAUAUUGCUACAAACCCAAUUUUUAUGAAAAGACCAAACUUAUUGAAGUUGACUGUCACUUCAUCAGGGCUCAAGUUCAGUCUCAACUCAUCCAAACGGUCUUCACUCGCAGUUAUGAUCAAUUGGCGGACGUGUUCACUAAGCCCUUUCUCAUCUGUACAUUUUCAACGUCUUCUAGGCAAGCUUGGAUAG